AUGCGGACGACCCCCAACAUUCUGCUGAUGAAUUUGACGGUGUCGAGUCUCCUGAUGUGUGUCUUCUGUCUGCCAAACAUCGUUGUUCGCUGCAUCGUCGACCUGUCAACGUUUUCACGACCUGUCCAAGUCUUCGUGUGUAAUGGGGAUGCAAUAUCCGGGUCUUUCGUGAGCUUUAGUGGAAUACUUUCACUAACAGCUUUAGCCCUCGACCGCUGCAUCGUUAUAUCACGACCGGCCGGUGGCCGUUGGUCCGGGAGUAAAGGCUUCUCCUACUGUAGCAUUAUCAUUAUCUUCGUUAUUUCAUUAACAUCUGCAUUAGCACCGUUGUUGGGGUACGGACAGUUUGUCCAGGAUGGCUCCGAAAUAUUUUGCACAUUCGAUUUCUUUACCAGGAGUGUAAAGAAUGUAAUGUACAAUGUUUUUAUCCAGAUAAUGUUCUUUGCAUUCCCGUUGGUUAUAAUAGUGACUUGCUAUACCCGUAUUUAUUUAACUGUGAGGAAACAUGAAAGAACAUACUUCAAAACGCGAAAAUGUAUGCUUCGAGACAACUGUGCCUUAAGACGCAUGUGUAACGAAAGAAAACUGGUAAAAACGGAAGUGAAAAUCGCAAAAGUAACUAUGAUAUCCGUGACUGUGUUCUGUGUUUCCUGGUUUCCGUACUCAAUAAUUGCUCUUAUUGGGUUGUUUGGUGACUCCGAAGGUAUAACCCGCACGGUAACAACGAUACCAGCUAUGUUUGCUAAAGUGUCAACAGUGUUAAACCCACUAAUAUACGUUUUACUUCAGAAACAAUUUAAGAAAAAGGUGAAAGAACUUUUGUGUAAAUGA